AUGAUAGACAACUUUUGGACCAAGAAUUAGAGUUUAAAUUGUAUUUUAACAUAAUAGUUAACAUAAUAGUUAAAUCAGUUCCUGUUAUUUAAGACUUUAGUAAAAGAGGCUUAAGUAAAUCUUACCAAAAAUGGCUUCUACAAUUGUUCAAAUAUCGUAAUUCAAAAUUAAAUUUUGUAUUUACACAUCAUUUCGAUAGGUCACAAAUCCUUUUAUAUCACAAGAGCCUAAUUUCAAAACACCAACCUAUAAUCCAAUUAAAAUAUUAGGGGGAACAUUUGUUAACUUUUUAGUCACUUUAGUUUAAAAUCCAUAAGGUCUAAUAAACAAGUUUUUAGGUUAUGAGCCUCACCUAUCUGAAGUUGAAUCACUAAUUCCAACAAUUUAGAAAUCUGCAUAUUUAAGAUCAGUAAAAGUGUAAAUUGAACAAUAUUCAUUUAUUAUUGAUAUCAGAUGA